AUGCUCAUCGGGCUUCACAGCCUCGUGGCGCCGGUGUCUGUGGUCACUGCCACUUCCAUGAACCGAGUGGCUUGCUCUGAGGUUACCUCGCCCGUGGUCAUGAGCUGCUCGGGGCACCCAGGAGCCCGCUCCGAGCCCCGCUGCCCCAGCCCCGCCCGGCAGGACGCUGUCGCCUUCCCCCAGCUCGAGGGACACAACAUCUUCUCCACGCUGAGCUCCAGCGAGUACGAGCAGGUGCUGGAGAUCAUCCGCAAGGCCAUCAUCGCCACGGACCUGGCCCUGUACUUCGGGAACAGGAAGCAGCUGGAGGAGAUGCAGCAGGCCGGGUCGCUCAACCUCAACAACCAGUCCCACAGACAUUUUUGCUGGAUGUGAGAAUCUACGAUGGAGUUGCUCUCAGUGUGUGUGACAUGUUGCGCUGUCCUUCGGACGGGAAGUCAGUGGGUGACGGCCACCACCUUUGGAGACGUCUCUUUGCGCUCGCUGCUUGUGAGAUUUCCUCUAGGCCUUCGGUUUCCCGGUCCUUUGUCCGCGAUGUGCCCUGUGGACGCAGGUGUACGGGCUUCGGUAUGUCCGCCCUGCUGAGGUGCUCUGGCCUGCCCGGCCCUGGACUGUGAUUUCAAUAAACUUCAGCGCUGAGGCACUACUUUUCUUGAGAUAGCUUCCUGCGCCGUCUCUCCCUCUGCCUCCCUGCUCAGUCCCCUCACUGUGCCUCAGCGAGGCGCG